CGCGAGCGUUAAAUACACUUAGCGGAGAAUCUAACAAAAGUGGAAGUCGGGAGUUUGUUUCGUCUCAGUUAUGUUGGCAAGUUAGAGAUUCAAGGUUUGUUGAUGAAAUUGGAUCCAACAGUAGAGCUGUUAAGUGAGUGCUUUAAUUAGGCUUCAAUCUGAUAGCUGCAUUUUUUGGUGGUGUUGCUUUUUCAUUCUCGGAGAAAUGUGAUUGAAUGGCAUUCUUAUAAUAUGAUACAUUUAAUACUGCAUAGAAUAAAAGGAGGUGUAGUGAAAUGUGGAUUUUUGAUUUUGCUGAUAGCGUGUUUCAGUGUUUUUAUUUCAUUCGUAUUUUUAUCGCAAGGAGAGAUUUUUGAAGUGGAUUAUGAAGACGAUCUACAGUAUUUACCGAGAUCUACUCCAUCAUUCAGCCAAGAUGUCUUGGACGAAUAUUUUGACAAAUGCAUAUUUUCCACACUUACGUCAGACAUCCUACUUAGUGGGGCAAAUUCUUCAGUGGGAAAUUUGUUUCCGGAAAUCACGAAUCAAACACUGAAAUCAGCAUUUAAGGUCAAGAAAUCUUCAAUAUUUCCUGUACUUAAAAUAUUCACAGAUCUGAUGUCAUCGUACUUUAGAUUAGAAACUGUAUUGAUAGAGCCAUCCGUUCUCUUUUGCAUGUUGGGAUCUCGUUACAAGAAUUUGCUACUAAGAAGAAAUUUCUCUCUAAAAGGCUUUGCAAAUUCAAUGCACAUACUGACGCUUGGCAUCCGAGGAAUGGAUAUAGCAGAAUUCGAAAAGCCUGGCACUGAAGCAAAAUUACGUGCUUAUGGCUUCAAGAUGCAGCUCGUAAAUGAAACUCUUUUACCAUGGAUGAGAACUAGAAACGAUACCAUCUUCAACGACCAUUUCACUAGUCACGUGUUUUUCAAAAAUAAGGACUGGGUAAUUCAUUUAGUACCUUUUUAUGAAAGAGGGGAUUUCUUAUGGCAUUCUUCACUUAAUGUGAAUAAAAAUAACUUAUACCAAGAGCUUUACUUCGUUGAAUCGGAUUCAGCUUAUGAGAAUUUCACUUAUGAAUCUCUAGGUUAUAAAGACAAACAUUUGACUAAUAUAAAUAUUCCGUCCAAUCCUCAAUAUUUCUUAUUCGAAAUAAUGAGUUCAAAAUUUUUGGAAUGCAACACAUCCGUCGUGUCGAGUUUCUUCAAGUCCAAUCAAACAGGAAUUCCAAACAAACAUUAUUCUCUUUCUGUACCAAAAUUUAAUAAACGAAUUGAGGUGAGCUUACAAGAACUGAAGGCCAUCUUCAAUCCAUUGCUAAUGAACUUUUGGAUUUGGUCUGGAACGAUGCUAGGUUGGUAUCGACAAUGUGAUAUUAUCCCGUACACUUCAGAUGCGGAUUUUGCAGCUUGGGCAUCGGAAGUGGAUGAUCUGGAUGAUAUUUUGCAGCGCAUAGAGAAAAGUGAACAUUUGGAGCUCAAACAACGGAUGGGUAUAGUUGAACAAAGUCUCGAGUUCAAUCUGAAUUGCCAUCGGUUAAGAGUGGAUGUAUUCUUCUUGUACCCGGAAAGUAAUGGAACAUGGUAUGCUGGUCAUAGACCGAGCAGAGGAUAUUAUUUCAAGUAUCACCACCCCAAUUUCUCCCUUUGUUCAGCUGAACUUCUAGGCCACAAAGUUCUUGUUCCAUGCGAAACGGAAAAAGUUAUCAUCACAGAGUACGGUUCCAACUGGAUGCAACCUGUAACCAGCUGGAAUUAUGAAAGCUCCAUAAAGAACAGAGGACCCAACAUUUAUUGGGAUAAAAAAAUGUUAGAAAAAGUGUAUCAAGAUAAUUGAAUAAUCAAAAGCGGUGUAGCUAUGGGGUGGAAGGGGAUGUAGAUAACGUAGAGCCAAGCUAUGGGAGGGGGGAUGCGAGCUGCGAAUGCUGAAUAUAACUACAUCUAUUUAAUUGUUUAAAGCCAAAUAUAUCUGAGGGGACAAAAAAAGUCUACGUUCUUGAUGCCUGGCACCUUGCGAUGCUACCGUCACAGUGUGGAUUCGCAAUUCACUGUGCUUUGUACAAAAAGUAUUGAAAAACUAUUAUAUUUUUCUAAGAUAUUUAUUUAUUUCUCAAAAA